UAAUGCGGUCGUAAACCUCGAAGAAGAAGAAGAGAAAAGAAAAGAGCCCGUCUUAACUGCAUGGGGCGGGGUGCGGAGAAUAGAUGUUGCCUCAUCCCGCCGCCGUCCGCACGGUUGUCGGUGAACACGGAACUGCUAUUAGAGCUGCGCUCCAUCUCUGCAGACACAAGAGGGAAAGGCGUACUUUGAAACGCCAAAGACAUUAAUAUCAUUUUGGACUGACUGGCGUUUGUGUUGCCACUGAUGAUGUUCCGCUUGCGGGCGUUGUCCGCAGUUUCGGUGGGGCUAGCACAGUUGUCCCGGCGCUACCACACUGGAGCAGUGCGAGGGUCUGGCCGAAGGAGGCUGAUGCUGGCAGCCCUGGCUGGGGUGACUGGUGUGUCUGCUAGUGCUGGGCUGCUCUGGAAAAGAGCAUAUGCAGAUGCAGGGCCAUCCGUUCGACACUCUGAGCAACCAGGCGGAGAGGGACCUGAUUUCGUGAGGGAUACAGAUUCUGAGACAGAGUCAGAGAAAUCAGUGGAGGCCAGCAGUGGAGACGAAGACGCAAAGGAUGAAGGUGUUGAGGGGAAAAAAAAGAAGCCACGCUCUGGAUUCCGUGACCGCAAGGUGAUGGAGUAUGAGAACAGGAUAAGAGCCUACUCAACACCAGACAAGAUUUUCCGCUACUUUGCCACGCUGAAGGUCAUUGGCGAGCACGGAGAUACUGAGGUCUACAUGACGCCCCAGGACUUCAUACGCUCCAUCACACCUAACGAGAAGCAGCCUGAGAGUCUAGGCCUGGAUCAGUUCAUUGUGAAGCGCUAUGAUGGGAAGGACUUCUGGCAGACGGAGAAGAUCGCCCAGGAGAGGGAGAAGUUUGCAGAUGAGGACAGCAUUUUUUUCACACUGGGAGAAUGUGGCCUUAUCUCCUUCUCUGACUACAUCUUCCUCACCACUGUGCUGUCCACUCCCCAGAGGAACUUUGAGAUUGCCUUCAAGAUGUUUGAUCUGAACGGUGAUGGAGAGGUGGAUCUUGAGGAGUUUGACCAGGUCCAGAGCAUCAUUCGUUCCCAGACCAGUAUGGGCAUGAGACACCGCGACCGCUCCACCACAGGAAACACCCUGAAGACAGCCGGCUGCAGCUCUGCUCUCACCACCUACUUCUUUGGAGAAGACCUGAAGGGAAAACUCACCAUCGGCAGCUUUUUGGAGUUUCAGAGGAAACUGCAGCACGAUGUGCUCAAACUAGAGUUUGAGAGGAACGAUCCUGUGAACGGCAGAAUCACCGAGAGACAGUUUGGGGGUAUGCUGCUGGCCUAUAGUGGCGUCCAGUCUCGUAAACUCAAGCAGAUGCAGAAGGGCUUGAAGAAGAUGUUUAAGGAUGCACAGGGCAUCACAUUUGAGGAGGUGGAGAAUUUCUUUACUUUCCUAAAGAACGUGAAUGACGUGGACACAGCCCUGAGUUUCUACCACAUGGCUGGAGCCUCCAUAGAUAAAGUUACCAUGAAGCAGGUGGCCCGCACUGUGGCCAAAGUGGAGCUGUCAGACCACGUGUGUGACGUGGUGUUCGCUCUGUUCGACUGUGAUGGGAACGGAGAGCUUAGUAAUAAGGAGUUCAUAGCCAUUAUGAAGCAGCGGCUGAUGCGUGGGCUGGAGAAACCCAAGGACAUGGGCUUCACUCGGCUGGUGCGUGCCAUGUGGAAGUGUGCCCAGGAUACCGCCUGGGACUUUGCCACACCAAAGACAUAAUAGAGACAGGAGGGAACGUGUGAGUGGGAGAGAAAGACAGUGUGUGAACAAAGCAACAACACCAGUAGCAUCAGAGGCAUUCUCCUUCAACAGGUCUCAAGAAUUUAAAUAGACAAUUAAUGUAAUGAACCCAUUAGGACUGCAGCUCCGAGGGGCAUCAUCAAUCAUUAACGCAUGUCGCUGUAAUAUAGUGACUGAAAGGCUUCUCUAGCCUGCCUGUCUAAGUCAUCAUGGGUAUUUACAUAUUUUAAAAUAUACAAACAAAGUUUGUAUGUUUAUUUUUGCCAUAUUCUAUAGAGGAAUGCAGUGUCAGCAGGUAAUUGUGUGACCCCUUUGUCAAACGCUAAAAACUGCACUUUUAUAUCCGUAUUUAACAUGGUUUGCUGCAAAAGGCAAGACAAGAAGUGAAAUCAAUUUUAUUUGACUUUCAGCUGUAUAAAUGCCGCAGUAUGUCUGUUCUAUACUGACAACAGACCCUUAGUUAUUUCUUUGGUGGGACAAAGAGCAGAAGUCUGUACUCUUGUUAGCACCUCUUCAUUCGUUACUCCUAUCAUUUUGUCCCAUAAGAGAUCAAUGAUGCUUGUCUCGCUCUACAAUGUACUGUUCAAAGUGUGUAUUCUUCUAAUUAUUAUUGCUCACUGAAACACUUUAUAAAAGAUGGAUGUUGGAAAGAAAUGCUCUAUUAAAGAUGUUUUUAAUCAUGUAAAA